AACAAAGCUAUCUUGUUCAGUCAUGACCCAGAUUUCGUAAAACACUAGUCUAGGCGGCCGAAUCAGUCAUCGAGACUUCAUUGGUGUUUACGGCCCAGCUACUCGAACGAUAGAGCCUGUCGAGCGUUCGCUAGCGAACGCGUUCGAUACAGCGUUCGUCAGCCUAUUUCUGCAGCCUGUGUCAAGACGGCAAAACAAGGUAAAGGAGGCGUUCUACAGCAGAGUUUACCUCGCCGGAAACAAUGGUAGGCACGGAGCAUCAACAGCCCCACCGCAGCGAGGUGGUGGCGGGCCAGGGUCCACCAGAACCGGUUCAGUCGGACGGCACGAUGUCUGCGAGCUCGAGCUCUGGCACCGAAGAGGACGACCGAAAGCCAGCGCAGGGAACCCCAGCAGCCGCCAUGGCCGAGAAGACGGCAGCCCAGAUCACGCUCGACGACAUACUGACAGUCUUCAGUGCCACAAAGACGGUUAAGAAGGUCGCGUCAAACCAGAAGCUCUUCGUUCUGCCAGAGCCAUCGUCCGACGACAUCAAAGCCCUCGAGCAGCCAAAAAGAGCAUUCUCCAGUGGAACGCACUAUGCCAAAGAAUAUCAAGAGAAGGAGCUGCAGUUGUUGAAGCAGUUGGAGCCAGUGGACCCGGCGGGACCAUCGAGGCGACCUGGGGAUGCUGUGGGCGACGACCUCCUUGCUUUGGCGGGGUCUCAGGCCGGCCAGUCUGCGGCCCUUUCGGACUUGGCCGUGGAGAGCACCCAGCAGAUCUACGCCACCUACUGCCAACGGGCGCACGUGCCGAACAUGGACCUGCCAAUCAUGGAGUGCAAGGAAGAUGUGCUGCGGAUGGUGGACACAUACUCCACAGUGGUCAUCCGGGGAGCCACGGGUUGUGGCAAGACAACGCAGGUGCCCCAGUUUGUGCUGGACCACUGCGCUUCCAUGGGCGUCCACUGCAACAUCGUGGUGACGCAGCCGCGCCGGAUCGCAGCCAUCAGCGUAGCGCACCGCGUGUGCCAGGAGCGUCACUGGACGCUGGGCAGCAUUGUCGGAUACCAGGUCGGCAUGGACAACCAGACGUCGGCCGAUACGAGACUGGCGUACGUGACGACGGGCGUGCUGCUGGAGAAGCUCAUCGGCAAGAAGGACAUGAAUGAUUACACGCACGUGAUUAUAGAUGAGGUGCAUGAAAGAGACCAAGAAACGGACUUCCUCCUGCUUGUGGUGCGCAAGUUUCUGCGGUCCAACUCUCGUGGCGUCAAGGUUAUCCUUAUGUCGGCCACGAUCAACGUAGAUUACUUUGCGGAGUACUUCUCGUCGUCGCUGUUUGAGCAUCUGGAGCCGGCGCCAAUCAUUGAAAUUCCAGGCAAGAUGAAGGAGGUCAGGGAGUACUACAUUGACAGCCUGCGGACGCUGGGCGAGCUUCCAGAGUUUGUCCCGGAAGACCCUGGUAUUGCACCGGAGUCAUUUCGCAUUGCCCACCGUCUCAUCAAGGUCUUUGACAGGAUCGAAGCGGUGGAGCAAAAGGUUGAUGUGAACAAGGACAGGUUUGCUCCAAAUCGUGGGGCUGUCCUUGUCUUCCUUCCUGGCUAUGAAGAAAUUUCUGUGUUCACCGACAUGCUUCGGGAGGACUGUAUUUCCCUGAGGUGGACAGUGCUUCCCCUCCACUCCACAGUGACUCAGCAGGAACAGCAGUCUGUCUUUCUCUCUCCGGCCAAGGGCCACCGAAAGAUCAUUCUGUCAACAAACAUAGCCGAGAGCUCCAUCACCGUUCCAGACAUCAAGUACGUUGUGGACUUCUGCCUGACCAAGUGCCUGGUGUGUGACCCGGAAACGAAGUACUCGUGCCUCAAGAUGGAGUGGGCAUCAAAGGCCAAUUGCAAGCAGAGGCAAGGUCGUGCCGGUCGUGUGUCCGAAGGUCGUCUCUAUCGCAUGAUACCCGAGUCCUUCUACCAGAACGUCCUGCAAGAAUAUGGCAUACCUGAAAUGCAGCGCUGCCCCUUGGAGCUGACUGUGCUGAAGGUGAAGAAGCUGGCGCUGGACGAGCCUCGGGCUAUACUGGGCCUCUGUCUGGACCCGCCAGACCUGGGUGACAUUGAGCGAGCCAUUCUGGUUCUCAAGGAGGUGAGUGCCUUGACGACUGUGAUUGGCGGCACCUUCUACCCGUAUGAUGGAGAGCUGACCUUUGUGGGCAAGGUGAUGGCCCAACUUCCCAUGGACGUCUGCCUCAGCAAGAUGAUCCUGUUUGGGUUCGUCUUUGGCGUGAUGGAUGACUGCAUCAUCAUGGCGGCUUGCCUCUCAAUCCAGUCCAUGUUUUCGAGGCCCUUCCAGAAAAUGCUUGAAGCAUACAAAUCUCGCAUGGCAUGGGCCGAGGGAUCGUUCAGCGACUGCUUGGCCAUGCUGAAGGCCUACAAGGUGUGGCAGAACAUGCGCCUGCAGGGCGUGUUCUCCAGACGCGAUGGCCUAAAUGAGCGCGAGUGGGCAACACGCAACUUCCUCCAGCUUAAGCGCCUCCUCGAGGUGGAGCAGCUGGUCCGGGAGAUCCAGAUGCGGCUGACCAAGUUCAACAUCCACUACCUCGACCGCCCCAACCGGCCCCCGCUCGACCCUGACCAGCACCUCGUCAUCCUCCGGAUGGUGAUCGGCGGCGCAUUCUACCCCAACUACUUCUACCAAGAGGACCUGGACGAGAUGACCUGCUGUCGGGGCCUGAUGACGGACCCCCUGUGCACGGUCAUGGUGCACGGCAUCCCGCAGAACCAGGGGGUGCUGUACGACCAUGCCCUGCGCUCCUUGCUUGCACCCUGCAGCAGCCGCAUGAAGAUAGUCUUCGAGGAGUCGCGUGCCGCCAUCGAGUUCCUGCAGAAGGAGCGCCGCGACGGCGUUUUGCCCGCGGUGUACACGGCCGUCAAGAUGCGCCAGCUGCGCCUGCCCCUCGAGCUGGCCCUGUUCCGGCCCGAGGACGCCAAGGAGAAGCUGGAGCGGCUGCAGAGGCUGCGCAGCCUGGAGAGCAGCGACGGCAACGGCGAUGGCGAGAAGCGGCUCAAGUCCAACCGCUUGAUCGUGGUGCCCCGCAUGGAUACCCUCAAGAAAGUCCCUCUGCCACCAGCGAGUCAGAUAACAGUCAACAUGUACUGUACUCACGUGGUGGACUGUGGCCACUUCUACGCCCGAUACUCGGACCAGUCAUCCCAGCUUGUGGAGCAACACAUGAACCAGAUAAUCAACCACAACUCUGGCAAGAACUUAAAACCCCUGACGACCGAGCCAGCCCCCGAUAUGCUGGUGCUCGCACCAUACCGGGGAGCCUACUUCCGGGCGAGGAUCGAGGAGACACUCACCAACAAAUUGGUGAAGGUAUUUUUCCUCGAUUACGGCAAUACCGAGAACGUCGGCGUAGCCGCGCUCAGGAACAUUGACCCGGAGACUCACGUGGACGUUCUCAUCACGCCAGCUCAGGCGUUCGAAUGCAAGCUGGCGGAAGUGCGGCCUGCAGCCCUGGCCAGCGGGAAGGACCAGUGGACGAAGGCUGCCCUGGAGAUGUUCAGCCGUUUAGUCAUGCAACAGUACCUCGUGGGCCGGGUGUACUCGGUCGUUGAUAAUGUCGUCCGCCUGCAUCUGAUUGUGGGCAGUGGACCGUCGCAAGUCAACGUCAACGACGAGCUAGUGAAACGUGGCUUCGCCGACUACUGCGAGGAGAGCUUCCUUUCCAAGAGAAACCACCAACUGCGGGAGAGGGUGGAGUCCUACCACCAGUCGCUGACGUCGGAGGCGGUUGACCCGAGCAUCAUAGAGACAAUGGACGAAGUUGACUCCACCAAGCUGGACAUUGGCAUGCCGCAGAUGUCGUCGCGCAAGGCAAAAUUGCAGGGACCAUUCAGUCCCUUGGAGUCAAGGCUCGUCGGCAUGUCGAAGCUGUGCUUCCUCAGGGGCGUACACGUCGACCGCAACAGCGUCAACUCCGUGCUGCUGAACGGGGAGCCCCAGAACCGGCACCCUAGACUCCUCGUCGCGGGCACUGUGAGCCAGAGCGCUUCGAGCGACCACGUUACGCUGCGUAACACAACCCUGAUGCCCUCCGUGCCUGGACUCCACUGCCUCAUGCCGUUGCUGUUUGCUCCCUAUUGUGAGCUCAGGGUGAAUGCAGAGCGAUCUGAGUACACGGGCGCGCUUUGCGGCCUGGGGUUCGACUCGGCGUCGAACUUGGCGCUCUACCCAGAGCAUGACCUUGAGGUGUCCUUCGACAUUGGCUUCACUGACGAAGACCUCUUUAUGGUCAACAAGGUGCGCAUGAUGAUCAACAUGGUCCUGCGCUCUGACCCGGGCAUGUCCGUCGUGAGCUGGAAUGGCGCCGGUCUUGCAAACUGCCAGGACAGGGCGCGGCAGUACCUUCUCGACCUGAUGAGCCGUAAGCGGCAGUCGAUCGAGCCCCGGCUGCCCCCACGGCGUCACACGUGGAACCUGCUGCGGGAGGAGUGGCGCGUGCACGCCGUCGUGGACGGCAUCAUGGCAGUGGAGGCCAACGUGCUGCCCCUGCUGGACGGGGUCACACUGGAGCCGUCACUCAACAACCUGCGCGUGCUCCGCAAGAAGCUACAAGACCUGCACGUGGAAGCCAGCAAUUGUCGCACCUCAACUGAGCGCAUGCUUCGUUGUCCCGUGUGCGAUGUGAUGUCCCUGAACCCGUACGACCUGCUGCAGCACCUGCGCACCAAGAGCCACUUGGACAAGGAGCGGCAGGUGCUCGAACUCUUCGAACAGUACACUGCAGAGGCAGAGCGAGAACCCUUACCGCACAAGUAGGAUGAAUCGGCAUCCCCAGAUGGUCUUCAAAGCUGCUGCAGCAGCCAACGCUUAGUUCGCUAGGCAAACUGGCGGACACUUGGAAGUCCCUUAAAACGAGCUCUUCUGUGAAGUGCUAUGUCGGAGACGGUGUUGUAUUUCGUGCGACGUGGAGGUGUAUGCACAGCAUUAUUUUUCUGUUACCGCGUUGUUUUGAUAGUGUAACAGCCUUUGGUUAUUACAUUAAUAAUUAAAGCAUUGAAGUGCAAUGCAUAAGUUUUCACUGACCCUCAGUCUUUAUGGACGUCGGCCCAUAGUAGUGCAGUUCAUCCUGCCAAGUAACUGAAAAGAAUUUUGAAAUUCUGACUUAAAGCUUCCGCAUGCAGUGCGGUGUUACUAACAGGAGUGCCCUGCCUUUGUAAGGGCAGUGCCCCUCCAGAGCUUAAUGUUCUAACCUUGUUUGUUUCGGUUUUAGUGUACAGGCGUGUUUGUACUGAAACAAUAAUGUGCAUAAGUUUUGCACAUGGUUUGUGCAUGUGUGCGCAUAUGUGUAGAUGUGUUUUUUUGUACCCAAAUGUGACCCACGUGCGCACUGACUUUUUUUUUUUUUUCACGGUUACUUGCUGGCAAGCGCUCACUGCGAAAACAGUGUGCUUAGCUCAUUUUUCUUUCUCGUUGUUUGGCUGCCGAGGUCAUUGUUGACUCGUGACGCACAUUGUUGUAAUGGGAUUCAGCUCGUCUUGUAGAGCAACGCAACAAAUCCCAGACAAAUGCACAAAAAAAAGAAAAGACAUAUUGCCGAUAGCACUAAAUACUUUUUCUUGUUGCCUUGUUUAUGCCGUGUUGCUCCACAAGAUGAACUUGAAAUCAGCUAGCCUGACUUGCCAUCUCAUUCUAGGACUCAAUGUUUGAAAUCAACAUGUACAGUACCUGAAUAUUACAAGAUUACAAGUGCUUCAUGAUUAGCUUUUAAUUGAAAGCCGACUGCGGGUUUUUCCAGCAUAAAGGUGUUUCUGAAUAAUAAAAUUCUGCGCAAGCUUUCGUUGCCAUCGUACUCGACUCCUAUGUUAUAGCUUUUGUCUUGCGAAAUAUUCUAUGUACAACCCACUAUAAAUAAACCCCUUUCCAGAAGUAGCUUUAGCUAGUACAUAUUAACUAUUGGAACAUGACUGCAUUAUGUAGCUCGUUUAUCAUUUUUUAUGGGAAAGAAAUGAGUAAGGCAGCAUAGACAAUACUACACCCAAUACGUGAAUUUUCAUUUCUCAAUGACUGUGCAAGAAACGAGGCAGCUUGGCACUUCACUGAUUUGGAGAUCACUUUGUCGCUGGGAACUAUCUAGCUUCAGUUUGUUACGACAUAUUUUUAGUCUCUGUUUUAGUCUUUUCUUAUUUGUUAGUUCAAUGCUCUUUUCAUCGCAUACAUGUUACAGUGACAUUUGUAUCUCUGUUAACUGGCUUUGUUGCCAGCUUUUGCUGCUCAUCCAAAUUAAUGCGCAUACAGUCAGUCUGAACACAAACGUGGUAGAAAGCCACAGUCGGUUUUAGUUUUGUUGUCAUUCCAGUAGUCACAAGCCUGUGAUCACUUUAGCCAAGCAUCGUCAUUCUCAGGUAUAAAUAUUCACAUUAUGCAUUGCCAUUGCAUUUGUUGACACAUUUCCAGGCGUCUUGGAAUCAGUGUGGAGAUCGCAUUGGAGUUUGUUAAUAAAGAGUUGAACACCAAA